AUGGCAAUUAUAUCUUCGAAGGAGAAUGAAUACACUUGCCAAGAUAUAGAGCAUUUGUGUAGCGAAGACAUAGAAGAUCUUCGUUUUGAGUGUGAAGAGUUGAAAGAUAUUUGUAAGAGUCUGGCUCGGUUGAAUGCUGAUGAUGCCGAUGCGACUGCUGACUGCGAGGGGUUGGUUGAUAUUGGUAUAUAUUUGAUCGAAGCAGAUGCAGCACGCGGACUACCUGGAACGAUGGUGACAUCGACUGCUGGAUCGGAGUCUGCUGAUGACGUGAAGGAAAACCACUAUUCAAAAGAGGAUGUUGAAGCAUGGGCCGCAAGCUUAGAUGCAAUACUUCAGGGAGAGGAUGGCAAAGGUCACGAAAAGUAUUAUGAAUAUUAA